CAGUUGUUACGUUAGUGUUUGAAGGGGUUUCCGGACUAGGGGCAAAACAAAACAAUUUUCCACUUCUGAUUCCAGCCCUCUCGAAAUUCGAAAGAGUUUCAAACUCUCCUGUUACCCACAACAAAGAAUUGUUGAUGUAACUGACGCAAGCUAAGUCGAAGAGUGCUACUAGACUCUGGCGGAAAACAUACUUGGAAAGUCCUCCAAAACACAAGCGCCGAAAAGCAUCAAGUCAAACACUUAAACAAUUUAGUUAAGAUAACAAACCACUAAGGCUGAUGGUUAUAUGCAGUCUUGGUCUUUUUUCUCUGGAAAAUGGCUUUCUACAAUUUUUUGCCUCGGGUGUCGACUGGCUUGAUCGGUAGCUGGAAUUAAUUGAUGCUAUAUUGAAUUCUGAUUGAGGCGGGUACUUUACUCUUUGUGGUCACGUGGCGUUUCGCGUGUGUCUUUGUUUGCCCAAGUUGCCCAUAUAUUAAUUGUCCACGCUUAUACAAUGUUCGUCAGAGAGUCGUAGAUGCUUCAAACAGAAGGGUGUAGUUGGUGAGCUUCUCUUUGUCAGUUCGGUGAGGAAAAGGUAACUGAACAUUCUGUAUUGUGAUGCAUGCUUGUUUUUUUGUCAAAUAUUUGAAGAGCGGACAAUUGGGAAUUGUACCUUUUAAAAUAUUGUAGUACAGUUUUGUGACAGGAAUGCUUUAGCUAAAUAUUUGAAGAGCGGACAAUUUGGAACUUAAUCUUAGCAUUUGUAACAGGAACAAUAAUGCUCCUUUGCCUUUGGUGAAAUAUUUGAGGGAAAGUGCCCAUAGCCCCUAUGUGUAGGUCUACUUCCUACCAGACAUGUCAAAAGAGCAAAUUUUUAUUACAUUUAUGUCACAGUCUGUGCUAAGGGAUGCUUGGUAAUAUGCCAGCUCAUAACCACUUUCUGUUUCAAAGAUUUAGAACAAACCAGAAAAUUCAAGUGGAAUAAUCGAUGCUAAUCGGCUAUUGAAUCUUUUGUUAACUAUAAAUUUCUUUAUCAAAAUCACUCAACGUUACAAUACGCACAGUGUCAAUUGGUGAAACAUCAGCUAGCAGGGGCAAAUGUACUGUAAACAAAUUGUAUCGCGCAACCGAGCAUCUGCGCGCAGUUUUGAUGUUCUCCAUAAUACAUUUAUUAUUAAAUUUUCGAAAUAUCACUGCGCGCGCAUUUUCCAAAACUUUCAGCCAAGUAUUUUUAUGCACUUCUUCGUGUUUGCUUUAUCGUACCUUAAGUCGCGUCCCGUGCGUCUCACACCGGGGUCUUUUCGCGUGCGUACUUUGAUCACUUAGUCUUACAACUAUGUAAAUAGACAAUUAACUUAAUCAGUUUUAGAAAAUCUGUGUUGAGACCUCCUGUAUAGCGCGUUAGGCUAUAAAGGAAUCCCUUCUGGGACAGCGCCUCAUUUUAAUAGUAGCAGUGCGCGCAGUUUGGAGGAGCAGUAAUUUAGCACGCGCAUGCAGGGCAUUUUAUAAUAUUGGUAGGUUUCACCAAACACUGUCUUGCAGCAGUUGGCGGUUAGUUAUCAGAGUGAAAAAAUAAUGUUAGUUCUUUUUGGGUUUCGCUAAGCUCUAUAUAUCGUGCAGGAAAUGGUGGUCAUGAACAUGAGAAAAUAGUCCAGUUCAUUUUUCGGGCUUCACAAACAUUGUGAAGCAGAUGGAAUAAUCAACUAUCACUUAUCAGAGUGAGAAAAUACUCCUACUGCUUUUCAUUCCACAUGGGCUUGCUUCUAUGUUUAUGAGCCUGGUUUGCCUGGAACCUCGCCCGAGUGGGAUAAAUUAUUUCUGCGUUUAGAUGACUGUUUUUGUCGCAUCUAAUGUCGGUGGGACGACGGCUCGUUUCUAUGAUGUGACAGCAAAUUGAAUUUUCUAUGUGUUAACAAAUUACAUGCAGAUCUCACUCAAGUGAGUUUACCACGGUCAGGCGCUCAUAUGAAUAGGUCCUAUAUAUAGUUGUCUUGUAUUUAGAAACAAUAAAUAUAGUUGGGAGUUUAGAAUUAUCUUGUGCUUAUCGCGGUAUAUCCACGUUUCUGAAGAAUUGAAGUUGACCCUGGCACCAUCAGCUGUCAAUGCAUGCAAUGAAACCAAGCAAUAUGCCAAUAAUGUCAGGGUUUUUUUGUGCUUUUAGAACGAGUUCAAGACUCCUUUAAAGGUUGCUGUAGUUUAUUCAGAAGUGUGAGCAGACUUCAAUAAUCCAAAGAAACCUUUUCUAAUCAAGCAAAAAAGGUAUUUAACAUAGUCUCAACUGUUGGACAAAAUGGCCGUGAGAACGCACUUCGCCGCUUUACUUUUUAUUCUCGUCUCCGCUUUCUUACUCCGGCGCGUGACUUCGCUGGAAGAGUACAAAUUGGGAGUAUUGCUACCGUACAGUUAUGACAUGAAUCGGGAAUACCCACCAGCAGAAGACUAUGCCUCGGCCAUCACUGUCGCAGUCGAAAAGGUGAACAGUGAUCCUACUUUGUUAAAAGGCGCAAAACUCAGUUACGUGUGGAAUAAUACGGCAUGUAACCAGACUAAAAUGGUGGAACAGCAACAUUGGCAGAUAAAACAGGGUGUCGUGGGUUUUGUCGGACCAAGCUGCCAUGGGAGAAAAGCAGCAAAGAUUGCAGAAAAACAUGAUUUGGCUGUCGUAUCUUUUGUAAGUACUGACGUUUAUAUAAUACAAUUAAUAUGUUACCAAUUUAAAGUUUCUACACGGUUCGCUUUUCACAUGUUAAUGAUCCCAGCUCGUUAUGUCAUAAAUGAAAAAAUAGUGAAAUCCACACUAUGUGAUUUGCAAUUGCAUCACCAAAUCCAUAGUAUAUCCAUACUAUAUACGUAUCGUAAGGAAAUUGCAUUUAGUAUGAGAAUUGGAUUUCCAUGCAAAGAAGAUCCAUAUAUUAUUUUCAUAUAGUAAAAAUUUUGAAAAAAAUUCCCAGCUGUGAACACUCGGAAAAUGAAUUAAACACUGCACCCUAAAUUAAAACAUUGCUUCCUCAAACUCUGGUCAACCCAACUCAUCAAGCGUUAUGUUUUCUUCCCGCUACGAGAGACAUUAGGGAGCUUUAGCAAGUAGGACGGCAACACCACGACGACGGCAACCAAUACAAUGAGUCAAUGAAAAGAAAGAAAUAAUUAAAGUCCCAGGGGAGUUUCAGACGUAGUCGUCGCUCUGUUUACAACGGCAAAUCACAGAUUUUCACGUCUUUUAUACAACGCCUACAUUUCAAGCCGUAACAAGUGCAACUUAAAAUUCGGUCAGUAGAACUCUUCCCAAACAUAAAGCCAAUGUUUUCAGCUUCUUAUACUGUAUUAAAUUCAUACGAAUUAUAAUAUACGACAAGUUUUCUUCACUACCAUUUAUUGAAGGAAUUUGUUUUGGCCGUCGUCGUACAGUUGUCGUACAAGGCGUUGUACAGUUCUUACACGUGCCCAUGAGAAAUAUUUGAACUUUGAUCGAUCGAUUAAAUAUUCGCUUUAAUUUGGAUGAAGGUGAACGUGUUGUCUCACUAAUUUAUACAUUGUUAUUAUUUAAAUUUGUUUUUAUAUACAGUUAUAUUAGUAAUGAGGGAGUCAAUCUAAGACUCUCAGCUAUCAUGCUUUCUGUCUGAACUACAUGAAAAAGAUUACUAAACUGACAAGUCGCCGUUUCUGGCGAAGACCCGAUGAGCCUUCAGGGCGGGGGCGGCGCUGAUUUAAGGAGGCCUUGAGAUAUGAACUACCAGAAAAAUGUUUAUCCUAGGUUCCUUAGUUUAAGUAGUUAUGUUAUAAAAUUUACAGUUUUGUCUUAGUAAACUGUAAUCAAUACGGGGUUCAUUAGUCAGAAUGCCAUCCUGGAUAUAAGGAAGAGUAGCAUUAUAUACUGCAUGGUGUGGCUUAAAAACUGCAAUAACUGUAUUUUAAUUAUAUAAUAUAAUAAUAAUAAUUUAUUAAGAAAUACUUUACAAUAUGCUGUUUAAAAAUAUUACGUUCUAUGUUACAUGAUAAAAAAUUAGACUAGCUGUUCUUAAAAAAUUGUCUAUUAUAUUAAUAGUGUUUGUUCUUUUUAUUAAACAACAGUUCUAAAGUCAACGCAAAAUUUUAUCAAAUUAGCAAAAUCGUGUUACAUUGAUCGAAUAUUAUUUCGGUUUUGAUAAGAAUUUAAUCGGGUUGCUCAGCUGAAACUAAAGGGGGGGGAGCUGAGCGCUUAGCACCCAUAGCCCCCCUUCCACUACACCGGCCCCCGAGCAAUUUGGCUUCGCGUCAAGCGCGAAAAUGGUUUUAGGUAAAUAUUAUUGUUUUGUUUUGUGGAAAACCUGACGUUUACUUUACUUGGCAAUACUCUCGAUCCCUAAGCCCGGAUCUUCGUCAAGGAAUUAUACCUUCAUUCGACCCCCACGGUUGCGUAAGUUUGUAAAACUUUCUCUCUUUUCAGUCCGAGUGGAAUAUUUCCCAAUUUUUAAGAUUGCUUUUCAAACAUAUGGAACGGUCGAUUGCUGAAAGUUCAAAAUCUCGCUCGGUUAGAAUUGCAAGAGCGUUUUCUUGGCCACAAACAGACUGGCAUGCAUGGAUUGAAAAUCAUACAAUAGGUUAAAAGUCCAUUUUUUUUUUAAUUUUAAAAUUUUUUUUAUUAAAGCGUUUGCCAAAAAUACACACAGAGGAAUUGAGAGGAUUUUGGCUUUUUUUAAAUGUAUAUGAUGACAAAUAUGGCUAAUAUUUUCAAUUUAAAUUUUCAUAAACACCAAGCUCAUUUAAGUGGUAAAAAAGUGCAUCAUGGCAAUGUAUUUCUUUUUCCGGUUUGAAGACUGAUAAGAUAGUUUGUCCUCUUUCCUCGGGAGCUUGAUACAUUUCAUCCUACAUCAAAAUUCCAUCAGAUUUUAGGACAUCUCAUUUAAAACAUUGACGAAAUGAACAUUACCAGAAAGUGAAUAAAACAAUACUAGUUUCAUUUGCUGAGAGUGAUUCAGCGCUCUUCCCUUGACGAGUAAAAUCGUUUGGCCGGCAUAAAGUAGGGCGCAUCAGGGUGCAUUCCAACUUAAUGUGUUAAUGUACAGAAUGAAGAAUAAAGGACCUAAAAUAGAUUAAUGCGUAAGAAAAAUUAAUGCCUCACACAUAACGUCGAGUAUUUUUGUGAUGAAGAAUUUUUUGACAAAUUUACAGGCUCGCCUAUAGCUGCUCUUUUGUGUAUCAAAAGAUUGAAAUUUGGUCGAUUUGAUUUUGUUCUCAUAGUCUUGGAUUGUUUCUAGGGGCAAAUGAAAGUUAACGUUUUGGAGUGAAAAUCUGCAGUCCAAAAAUUUGUUUAAAUAUUAUUUUCGAUCAUUACAUAAAUUAGCAAGUCUUCUUUUCGGAGCUUUUCCUUCUCAAAAAUAGCUGGCAUCACUUUACACAUACAUUUUAUCGUAUCAUAGUCGUGAGCACACAAAUAAAAUUUGCCAAGUGAAUAUUUACAAAGGGGAAUUGUUGUCUGUACUGAAGAGAUUUGAAGACUUUAUACAGCGUGCAUGUACACGGCUCGCGGGCGACUCAACCACGAUGUCAUUAAAAAGAAAUUUCCUGUAUUAGACACCGUUUCUGUGGUAUAUUUUACCAACUUUGUGAAAUUAAUACAAUUUUGGGGGUUAAAAGGGCGUUAAAAGGUCAAUGUGUGGGAAUUUUUGUAAAACACAUGUCGUGUCGCAAAACUUGUCCAAUCCGAUAUACUCUUAAAAGAAAAGUAUGUCUGAAACAGUUAUUUUAAUCUUCGUCUAAAUACCCGAAAUCCAUCAAGGGUACCGAUAAUAUUAAUACGUUAUUAAAUCCAGAAAAAAAAUAUAGUGGCUUUUUUUCGAAUCUUAUGUUACGUAGUUGUUAUAAGUCUAAUAAUAAUAUAAACGCUAUUGAUGCAUGGUCGCUAAUAAGGCCUAAUAAAGACUGUUUUGCAUUAGGCUGAAUUUUACCUUCCUUUGGCGGUAUGAUUUUGCUGACGUAAUGCGAUGCCGACAAAGGAAUAAAUUAAUUCGCGCGCGCGAACGGGAUGGGCCUUAUAAAUACGUACUUAAAACAAGCCACGCUUUCUAGUGUUAGCUCGAAAGUUCCAGGCUUAGUUCCAAAUGUUUUAAAUUUUUGGAGUAGUUCAGACACCAACCAUUAAAAGUACAUGCCUGUGAAUUUAGCAAUUGGUCAUUUGAAAGUAUACUCCCUUUUCCUAUAGCGGGCGGUAAUUCUCCACAUAAUUUAGUAGCCAGGAAAUAUAAGAUUUGGUAAACGAACAUGAUAGCCCUUGUUCAUAAAUUAUGCCCCCCCCCUCUCCAAAAUUUUAAUAUGGUAAUGCCAGUGACCUCUAUAUAUAUUUGCGCCGGUUUUUGGAAGACCGGAUGGUGAUUUUUUCAGCCUUUGUAAAAUUGCUUGAAACACUAUAUAAAACUGUGGAUAUGGACUUGUACUUGAUUAGUUGUGCUAAGUAUGAAAGGUUCGAUGGUCCCUUACUUUAAACAGCCAUAAUAUUGUUCUAUAAUACCAAUUUUAAUAGUCUUUAAAUUAAGUGACAACAUUUAGUCAUCUGUUUGAUUAAAUUUUCGAUACCCACUGAAUUAACUGUGUAAAAAUUUGGAACACAGCUAUUAUGUACAUUUUAUUUGUAAUACGUUCAUCUGUCUGUCUUUUACUAAGAUCCAAUCGAAUUAUUUUUCUAGGAUUGUCAAGACACGCAUGUCUCGAACAAAGAACUUUUCCCGAACUUCGCUCGUACCAAUCCUCAACACAGCAAAGCCGCGUUCAAAAUUCUCGCCCACCUGAAGACAAGCGGCCUGAAACGAGUGAACAUCGUUUAUCAGGAUAACCACAAGUUGCUUUCAUUCAAACGAUUUUUGUCACACCUGUUGAGGCGCAGUGGUGUUAAGAUUGCAAGCAGCAAUAAAGUGGACCUACGCACUUUCUACCUUGGACCGCUGCCUAAUUUUUUGCAUACCCUUCCUUCUACAUCGCAAGGUAAAUGUCUGAAUAGUUACUUACAUUAACAAUCAUUUAGAAUUAUAAAGUUUAGUGCAUACAUGCAGUUUCCAUAUGUGUCACUUUCUGAUAAAGUCAAAGUUGAUUAUUUGCACCACUAUUGUCACUUAGGUAUUCUGACCAGAUUUUCCUUAGUCUGCCACCGUCUAAAUUUUUUUUAUUUUCCUUUACUUUCAGCAACGAUCUUGGUGACCUCUUUCGGUAUAGCACGAGAAAUCAUGUACCAUUUCCAAGCUUAUCUUGAAAACAAUACUACUCCUAUCUUGUACUCAAAACAUAACUUUAUCUCCGUACCUCUGGAGAAUAUGAACCGUAAUGUUUUGUACCCGUUUAAGUGGUUUUUCAGCGAGUUUGAAGAGUCCACUCCGGAAAGAAUGAACAUGACCCAAAGAGCUUUUAAGAGGUUACUGGUUGUUAGUGAUGUUAUUGAUCAGGAAACAAAUGAGUUUAGGGUGUUCGAACAGAAAUUAAAGAAAAAAGCUUCGGGAAAACCUUGGUUUAGCAAGACAUACCAAGGAUGUCUCUUCUUUGGUGGAAAGUGCAUUUUUGAUAAAUCAACUUCAAAGGUGAGCACCUACAUUCUAGCUAUGAAAAUACUAAAAAUACUUGUUCAUUUAACAAUCAUCAACCAUCAGCGACGUUGAAAAUCGUCAAAAUUCAUAGUUACUGCUGUUGUGAUGAUGUAAUUAUCAAGCAUUUAAAUCACAAAAUAACUCACUUGCCUGGUUACCACUGUUCUAAUGAUGUAAGCAUAGAAUGGAACGGAACAAGGCAUGGAAGCAUGGAAGCGAUUUGGGUGGCAAACGGAAUGACGUGCUGAGUUAGGUCCUUUAGCAACGCCUUAAUUGUCGUGUUACUUAAAGAGUCCUGGUCAACCACAAUGCAAUGCGCGCUUUUGUUUACGUUUUCCCGUUACUUUUUUCAGUUGUUGCCGCCAUUUUCGAGGCGACAAAAAUGGCUGCCUCUGGCCCACAACGUGACAGAAACGUAAACAAACGCACGCAUUGCAUUGUGGUUGACCUGGACUCUUUAAAGCCUCUCUGUUCCAUGCAUCACAAAAGUCAACUCGCAAGCUGGCUGCGACUACUUUCAACCAAAUGCUCGACAGUUUAUUUUAAUACAGUCUUCCAAAUACUACUUAGCCGUGGCUACAUAGUGUCUCGUUUCUGUGUUUGAGCCUUGUUUCUAUGUUUUACAAAAUUAUAAACGGGUCUUUUGUACCUGUAACAAGAUACGACUGACCACUUCGCAGGCCUCAGAGUGACAAAACCUAACAAAGCAACGGUUUUACUAACACUAACCCAAUUCCAAACACCAACUCUAACCCUAACCAUAUAAUCCUAACCCCAACCCUAACCUAACCCUACUCCAAGUUUAUUUCUAAACCAAUCUUGAAGAGAAAGGUUUUGACGAAAUGUCAUUCUGAGGUCAGCGAACUAAACUUUUACUUUCCAGAAAGGUGUAUUAGAUACAAACACUCACAGCGAGCUAGCGAGUUGAUUUUUGCGAUGAGUGGCGAAGGGCCUAGCCUGCAUGGCAGGCGGUCCCUAAAAUCGGGCAAGCCUGGGAAAGACCGCCUGCUGGGUUCGGCAGUGUAAACGAAUUCUCUGAGUGACACAGUACAUGAACAUUAUACACCUAAUUAAUACUCUCCUGAGCGAUUAUACUUCGGUAAUCCAACAAAAAACACGCAUUUAGCUUUUCCAGACUAUUAUAAAAGUGUAAAUCCGUUAUCACAACAGUUGAGCAUGCUUGAAAUACCAUGCACGAGUUGUUCUGAAGCUGCAUUAGCGCUAACCCUAAAUUUAACCGUUUUAAAUAAUUGUGUUUUUCUGCAUGCACGCCGUUUAUUUCAAAACGUCGAAAAAGGAUUUCCAAGUUUAUAAACAAGUUGUUGGGAAGUUGUACUGCUGACUUCCCGAGAAGGGGGACUUGAAACGUCGCGGAAUUUCUCCUUGUAUUUUUCAUGUAGAUGCAUCCCUAACAAUCCGAAUCUUUCUUAUUCAGGGCCGUUCGUAGCGGUCUUUGAAAUCCUUGAAAGUCUUUAAAAUUGAAUGCAGGUCUUUAAGGUCUUUGAAAAGUCUUUGCAUUGUGUGAAAAAGCGAAGAAAGUCUUUAAAAGUGUUUAAAUUUUUUAGUGAGUAUUUGAUUAUACGAUUUCCUAGCUAAUAAAAUAGAUUGAUUGAAGCAAGAUUUUCGCAAAUAUCGACGAAAAGGGGCAUUUUAGGAUGUGAUUUGACGCGACUAAUUGCCGGGUAAAAAUGAUGCUUACAGUCGCAAUUUUUCGACAGCUGAUUGCUCUCAAAGGUCUUUGAAAAGUCUUUGAAAAUAGUGAGCAAAAAUCUUUGAAAGUCUUUGAAUUUUUAUGGUCUUGGAGACUACGAACCCUGUUAUUAUCGCGCCUCGUCCUCAUACGAAAGCCCUGGGAAUGAGGUUGGGCACUACCUACCCUGGUACAGACUGUUCAUGAUUAUAAUCUAGGGUUAAGCUAACCGGCGUUCGAACAACCGGCGCAUGCGCUAUCCCGUUAUAUCAAAAUAUCUCAUUUUUCCCAUUGGCAUUGCACUCUAUCUGACGUAUAUGAUUUGUUUUCCAGAUUCCGUUGAAAGGCGCGUACUUGUAUGAUGCAGUCAUCCAGUUUGCUGCAGCCUUACAUGAAUUACGCGAGGCUGGACUGAAAACGACUGGGAAAAAUGUCGUUAACAGACUAAAAGGAAGGCACUUUAUAGGUAUGACAAGAAUUCAAUAACCCUAUAAAGCCUGCAUGUUUUUUUCAUUUUUUUUCGUGCGAAGCGGAUCUUUCCUUUGUCGGCAUCGCUUAUCACGUCAGAAAACGCGAUGCCGACAAAGUAAAAAGUAACAAAUUCGCAUGGUGGAAAACCCUGAUUAAGCCUAUCCUACAAGCAUUAUAUGCUUUUCUUAAUCCUGAAUCAGUAAACUAAACCUUUUUUAUACUGAAUAGCUCUACGAUCGCCGAACUGUUUCCGUGAAACUGAACUGUUUUUCUGUUGUUUUCCCUCGUACUGAACUGUACUUGAAACCGAAACUGGCCGUUUCCCUGAGAAGCCGGAUUUUGCCUUUUUUUACAUCCACCCGCACUUAAGAAACAGAAGACCAAUACUCAGGCAGUCAGGCUAGCAUUCUACCAAUACACCCUUUCGAUAAUUACGUUAUUUGGCCUUGGAGCCUCGCUCUCAUGAAUCGUGAGCCAAUCAUCUUGCGUAAUUUACUAAUGAGAGCUCGGCUCCAAGCGUAAUUUACUAACGAGAGCGAGGCUCCAAGAGCAAAAAGUAUGUGUGACAUAAUUAUUGAAAAGGUGUAUUGUAUCUAAUCAGAUAACCACAAUUAUAAUUUGUUCCAAGUUUGACAGUGUAAAAAUUAUUAUUUAUCUGAACUUGUGCUUUGAUUCUUUAGGUGCUGAUGGUCAUCAACAUAAGUUCGAUGAGAAUGCCGAUGUAGUAUAUGAUUAUACAGUCUUGGGUCUGAAACGGGACAAGAAUAAUGAAUUAAGUAUGUUGAUUAUGAGAUCAUGCAUAUCCACAAGUAUCCUCCAUAUCCACAAGUAUCCUCCAUAUCCACAAGUAUCCUCCAUAUCCAAAACGUCCUUAGCAAUCAUUAGCAAUCAUACAUUUGAAAUUGACCACCAUAUGUAUCUACAGGGGUGGGAAAAGUAUCGGGCCGCAGGACGAUUUAUCCCAGAAAAUUUGUUGAGUUCCCAUGCAGAAAAGAUUUCCCCAAGAAAGAAAAAAAAUAAUUGCCAAAAUUUAGACUAUUAAAAGGAGAAAUUCAGGAGAAAAGUUCUAACCAAUAGAAAGAAUGUUACUUGUACAAUGACCUCAGAAAUUCAAAUAUAAAUGUAUCUAUCUUUUAAUAGUGCAAUAGUGUAUAAAUGUUUUGACCAUAGAAUGUUGUAUAGCAAGUGCAUUUUUGCCAGUUUGAGACACCUGAUUUCCAAUAUUUUGGAGGGAGCAUGUUCUCAGAUAAAAUAUUAAGAUUCUCAGUGCACUGAAUUUUUUUCUGUUAAAAUAUAGCAUUUAAGUUUCACAACUUGUAUAGUGUCACACAGAUAAAGCGGAUUUUCAAACAUUUUUGUGAUCCCUGAAAGUAAUUUUUUUUUCCAUCCCUGCAGAUUUAUAUACAAUCAGUGCCAUUGUUGACAUGUAAUUUUUCAAUUUAUUUAGAUAUGCUGCCAAUGGUUUCAUACAACAGAAUCCUUGAGAAGUACAACAGAAUCUAAGGACCAGACUAUUAUCACGUGCAUCGAAGAAAUGAUUAGAUAGAGACAUCACUAUGGUAGUUAGACCUGAAGCCAUGAGCAGAAUAUCCAAUGUUGUUUGACGCAACGAACACAAGCAUGGCUACUAUAAUACCACUAAUAGUUACGCUGUAGCCCUAGUAUAGUUGCACUUAUGUUCGAAAUAUUAAAAUGAAACUAGCUAGCACUAACAUUGUUCAGUAGAAUAAAGAAAUCUGCCAUUACAUCUGUGAUUUACCAAAUAUAAUAUACUAUAUGAAGUUAAACAACAUUCGAUAGUUUUGUUCUAGGCUUUGGAAAUUUAUUGGUCGUAUAUAAUGCAAGCACCAGCUUGCUGCCAUAUAUGGGCCCUGGUACAUUGUGAAGAUAGUAUCUGUACCACUGGUCUGCGAAUGUUUGGUUAGAAAAACUAUGGCAUUAAUUUUGUCUAAGUUUGUUGUGGACUUGCACUUCUUACCCAAUUAGACGAUGUGCAACCACGUCUCGGAAUUUAAUGAGCAAAACGAUUUUCGCCUGAUAUUGGAUGAAAAUAAAAUUGCAAAUCAGUGAAAAUCCUUUGUCAAACAGUAAAGCAAUAGGAUGCUGUAGGCUGCAAACAACCAAAUAUGGUUUUUGGUAUAUUUAGUUAUUUGGGUCAUUCUGGGGAAAUGUUCAUCAAGAUCAGUUUUUUUUACUAUAAAACAUUUCUUUUUUAGUAAAAAUGAAUGAACCAAAAUAUUGCACAAUGAACCAAAUAUUGCACAUACCAAAAAUGAUAUAUGGGGUUAGUUAAGCACUUUUAUCUGACCAAGCUUUAAUGACAAUUAGUUGUAUACGAUACUUUCAUGUGAAUAACUUUCAAAUAUCAUUAUCUGUAUGUAGUUUAUAGUAUUAUAUAGUUAUUUUACGUUUUGUGAGUAAGCUUAUAGUCUUGAACAGUUUUCGACACUGAAAAUUGUUAUUGUACAUAUAUGUUAGUAGUACAAACACCACAUAUAAUGGUCGCACGUGCACUUGCACAUUCUAUUUAAGAGAGAUGUAUUAAAUCACUUCAAGCAAUACUGCGCUCUUCUAUGUUUUGCC